AUGACGGUCGAGCGUCUCGAAAUUGAAGAGCUUCAACAGAAGCUCUACAAGCGCAUCGGACUGGAUGCGCCCGAGCCAAGCCAAGCCAGGAACCCAAGACAAGGAGGACGCCCGACUCACCAGUUAUCUCGAAAGGAACAGCGAAAGGCCCAACGAGUUCAGAAGAGAGGCCACAUCUACUCGAGGCCAACCCAGCCUGAGCGAAAGACCCCCCAGUCAUACAGGCAGACAAAGCACAAUGGUUUCCAGGUAUCCAAACCAAAACUAAACCAAAAUCAACACAACGCACCAAAACCCAAGGCACUAAAGCCCGAGGACGAUGACGAGAAUGAGUCUGACGAGGAAGAGGUCGACGACGACCAUGAGGAGGAGGAGGAGGAAGAUGAGGAUGAGGAUGAGGAUGAGGAUGAAGUUGAGAUCUCUUUAGACGAAAGUGACGAAGAGAACGAACUCAACGAGGAGGAGGAGGAAGAUGAUGACGACGAUGCUGGGAACGAGGCCCAGGAAUCGACCAAGAAAAAGGCCGUGCCGAGGGCAGCCCAGGAGAGACUCGCCCAGGACGACGCGGAAAUCGAAGCGUUUGAGAGAAAGCUGGGUAUCAAGAAGGGCAGGAAAUCCUUGCCUCAAUCCUUCAAGGAAGACGGACUCGACGAACUCAUGGGCGAGUUGGGCGGUGAGUCUGAUCAGAGCGAAGAAGAUGAAAACAAGAAGCGGAAGAGCGAGUACGACGACUGGCUCGCUUCCAAGAGGAGGAAGACCGCGCAACCGUGGAAGGCGGGCAAGGCUCGGGGUGAAAGCGCUGAAGAAGAUGACGACUUGGACAUUGAGGGAGACUCUGCAGACGAGGACGAGGAUUUGGAUAUGCUCGACGAGGAUGACGAUGAGGAUAUGGACGGCUUUGAUGAGGAGUCGUUUGAAGGCUUCGACUCGGACAUGGACAAAACACCCGCUCAACCGCGACAAAGAGAAAACCCAUACGUGGCGCCUACUACUGGAGUAACGGUUGCUAAAUAUGUCCCCCCGUCACUCCGCAAAGCUGCCGGGACGGAGGAAGAGCACAGGAGCCGACUACGCAAACAAAUACAGGGUUUGAUCAAUCGUCUUACGGAUGGAAACAUUUUGUCAAUCGUUCAGUCGGUGGAAGAGCUCUACCAGAACAAUGCUCGUGGCGACGUCACGGAUAUCAUUACCGACUCAAUCAUGGCUCAGAUUUGUAAACCUGAGAGCUUACCUGACCAGUUCUUCGUCCUCACCGGUGGAUUUGCAGCGGCAAUUUACCGGAUUAUUGGAUCCAGCUUUGGAUCUCAUCUGAUUCGAAGAGUCGUGACGGAUUUCGGCGAGCAGUACGACCAGGCCAGUAAGGAGGCGGAUGAACAGUCUGCAAUUGCGAAAGAAGCUUCCAACAUCUUGACGUUCAUUUCUCAGCUUUACGUGUUUGAGGUUGCUAGUUGCAAAAUUGUCUUUGAUUAUAUGGAGAGGCUGCUGAGCGACCUCACCGAGAUCAAUGUCGAGCUGCUUCUCCGAAUCUGUCGCAUGGCAGGCCGCCUGCUACGACGCGAUGACCCGCAUGCAAUCAAGCACGUCGCCAGGGUUCUCAACCAGUCUGUGUCGAAGGCGGGAUACGCCAACAUUUCGAUUCGCACCAAGUUCAUGAUCGAGACAAUUACCGACCUAAAGAACAGCAAGCCCAAGGGACGAGGAUUGGACUCGGCGGUUGUGUCUGAGCACGUGCAGCGCAUGAAGAAGCGACUAGGCGAGCUCAAGUCCCAAUCCCGAAGACUAGACGGCCUUGCACCCAUGGGCGUUGGCUUAGCAGAUAUCGAGGGUGCUGAUACAAAGGGAAAAUGGUGGUUGGUUGGUGCCAGUGUCCCUGUUAAAUCAGAAAAGUCAAAGGGGGAGCGGGACGCCGAGAAGACGAAGGACGAUGCCUACGAGUCAAGUGAUAAUGAGGAUAUGGACAUGGUACUCCCGGAUUAUCCGAAGAAGGCUCGGGCCCAAGGCCUCAGCGGGACACCACAGAUUGCCAUAUUUACGGCACUCAUGUCAGCGACGAACUUUGAGCAUGGCUACAGGCAGUUUGUUAAUCUUCGUCUAAAGAAGGAUGACCAGCUGGAGAUUGCUCGAGUACUGGUUCAAUGCGUGGGAAGUGAGGUUCAGUAUAACCCGUACUACGCGUUGGUUGGGAGACAGGCCUGCGCCAACGGCCGGGUGAGGUUUGCGCUGCAGGAUCGACUCUGGAGGAUAUUCAGAGGCUUGGGAGAGUCGCUAUUUGGGGAGGAUCCGGACGACGACGAGACGGCUGACGGAGAACGGAUGAAGGACGAAAGGCGGGUUGGAAAUGUUGCACACUUUUUCGCGUCGCUCAUUGCAGACGGGACUCUGAACAUCGCCAUUCUCAAACCCCUGGAGCUGCCUGAGGCGAACACGUGGACAUCGAUGUUUGUGCAGCGGCUGAUCAUUGCAUUGCUUCACGAGUGUAGAAGCAAGGGUGCUAGCGAAGAUGCCAAGGUGGAGAAGAUGUUUGGGCCAGCGAGGGAACUGCCGGGUCUUGCUGCGGGCAUCCAUUGGAUGCUUCGGAAGAGGAUCCGUAAGACCAAGCUGAUCGGGGCCAAGGAGCUGAAAAAGCUGGAAGGCGUUCGAGAGAAGGCACAGGCGGCAGUGCAAGUUAUGGGCACCGAAGACUAG